AUGGCGUUGCAGCAGCAGACAACACUGCAGCAGCAGAACUCACUGCAGCAGCAGAGGUCACUGCAGCAGCAGGAUUCAGCACUGCAGCUGCAGCUGCAGCAGACAGCAGCACAGCUGGAUCGUGCGAUCCCAGACCCCACACUGCAGCCAGACCUCCCCGAGUUCUGCAGCGAAGAAGAAAGACAAAGGGCGCUUAGUGCUGCUGUUGCUGCAGCAGCAGAAGCACUGAAGCAGGAGCAGCAGGAGAGAGCUGAAGAUGAGGCAGCAGCAACAACAGCAGCAACCUGCUGCUUUCUCUGCAGCAACGAAUCAACUGCUCCUUCGCCUGCAUCUUCAUGGGUGGAUGUACACCUGAAAGAGGGGGGAGAAGAAGGAGAAGAGAAACAGCUAAAAGGAGAAUCAAUGACAGAACAACAACAACAAGUUAUGGAUAGUGGUGUUUCAAACGCAAAAGAAAUAGAUCUAUUCGGCCCCCAAGACCUUGACUUUAUAAACCAAGAGCUCAGCGCAGCGCACAAGGAUUUAUAUGCAGCAUAA